AAAAAAGAGAGACAACUGGGAUUUCCCGACUACCCAAAUUCGAUAAAGUGCCUAUGGUGGUCUAAGACAACGCAUGAAGCUGUAUACCUUGUUCCAAAUGGAUGUCUGUUCAGAUUCUUCUUCUACAUCGUGCUGUGUAGCUUGUUUAGUAGUUGAAUGAUAUAUCUACUCUCAACUUCUUGCUUGCCCGAAAUAGGUCGCCCCAUAGAACGAGCUGCCUCUCUACUACUGACGAAUCAAUGUCUGUGUCAUCAAAUAUUUUUGUAACACCAGGAUCUCCACGUUUGGCAUUUGUUAUCAUAAUUUUUGUAUCCUCGCACUUGUCAGUUUUAUUCUUUGCUACAAUUUUGCGCAAAAGAACCUUCUCCAAAUUCAGCAUCAGGAAGAGUCGCCAGUAAAAAGCAGGUGUAAGAACUAAAUCUUGUUCUGUGUCCUUUGAUACCUCCCUGUUGUUCAGCUUGACCUACAAUUCGAUUGAGUAACGUAUAUACUUUGGCGGAUCUUCAUCAUAUGUCCUCCCUGCAUCCCGGUCAGUAAGCUGACACGAGCCAAGCUUGUCUGCGUCCACUUGGAUUUAUUGCUGACUGGA